GCUUAUGGUGGACAAAACGAAACGAAUUUGUCAAAUCAUUCUCAGCGUAGGGAUUAGUUUAUAACAAGAAAAAGUGUUCGCUGUUUAUUUUAAUAGAAAGUUAAACAGAAAUUAAACUAAAAUGAAUAUCACAUCAGCCGCAGGGAUUAUAUCCCUGCUCGACGAACCUAUGCAUGAAGUGAAAGAGUUCGCAUUGAAACGAUUGGACAAUAUCGUUGAUCAAUUUUGGCCUGAAAUUUCUGAAUCUAUAGAGAAAAUCGAGAUACUGCAUGAAGACAAAGUGUUUUCACAACAUCAGCUUGCAGCGUUGGUGGCCAGUAAGGUGUACUAUCAUUUGGGUGCCUUUGAAGAUUCACUGACGUACGCACUCGGUGCAGGUGACUUGUUCGAUGUAAAUGCAAGAAAUGAAUAUGUUGAUACCACAAUUGCAAAGGCAAUUGACUUCUAUACUCAGAAACGCAAGGCUUUGUUCGUGGAUAAUUCAGCGGAGACGAUCGAUCCUCGCUUGGAAGCCAUCGUGAACCGGAUGUUCCAGCGAUGCCUCGACGAUGGACAGUACCGUCAAGCCCUGGGCCUUGCCCUGGAAACUCGUCGCAUGGAUAUCUUUGAAGAGUCCAUCAUGAAAUCUGAUGAUAUAUCAGGUAUGCUCCAAUAUGCCUUCACAGUUGCGAUGAGUCUCCUUCAAAACAGAGGAUUCCGGAGCACAGUCCUUCGUUCCCUUGUUGGUUUAUAUAGAGGUCUGAACAUCCCUGAUUACGUAAAUAUGUGUCAAUGUUUAAUUUUCCUUGAGGAUCCAUUAUCAGUUGCUGAAAUCCUUGACAAAUUGACCCAUGGACCACAAGAAUCUGUCCUCAUGGCUUAUCAAAUAGCCUUUGACUUGUAUGAUUCCGCCACUCAACAAUUUCUAGGCAGAGUGUUGCAAGCUUUAAGAACAACUGCACCAAUACCCAGUGCUCUUGGUGGUAAACCUCAACCUCAGGGUGGACCCUUCCCAGAAUCUUCCAUGGAAGUAGACCAGACACCAACUGAGGAGGCUAAAAAACCAGAGAGAGAUAUCGAAAGCCUGAAUGAUGAAGAGAAAGAGCACCAGAAAAGAGUUGAAAAAUUAAUUUCUAUAUUAGGUGGAGAUGUAUCAAUAGGUUUGCAAUUGCAGUUCUUAAUUAGGUCAAAUCAUGCAGAUAUGUUAAUCUUAAAGAACACAAAAGAUGCAAUUCGAGUUUCCAUAUGUCAUACAGCAACAGUCAUAGCAAAUGCCUUUAUGCAUGCUGGAACAACCAGUGAUCAAUUCUUAAGAGAUAACUUGGAAUGGCUCGCCAGAGCAACCAAUUGGGCAAAGCUAACAGUAACAGCUUCUCUAGGAGUCAUCCAUAGAGGUCAUGAAAAUGAGUCAUUGGCUCUCAUGCAGUCUUAUUUACCAAAAGAAGCAGGACCAUCAUCAGGCUACUCGGAAGGUGGUGGCUUAUAUGCUUUAGGUUUGAUUCACGCUAACCAUGGUGCCAAUAUCAUUGACUAUCUUUUAACACAACUAAAAGAUGCUCAGAAUGAAAUGGUACGUCAUGGUGGAUGUCUUGGCCUCGGUCUGGCAGCAAUGGGUACCCACAGGCAAGAUGUCUAUGAACAGCUUAAAUUUAACUUGUAUCAAGAUGAUGCAGUCACCGGAGAAGCUGCAGGUAUCGCUAUGGGCAUGGUAAUGCUGGGUUCAAGAAAUGCAGCAGCCAUAGAAGAUAUGGUUGCGUAUGCUCAAGAAACUCAGCAUGAAAAGAUCUUGCGUGGUUUAGCUGUGGGCAUUUCCUUUACCAUGUAUGGAAGGCUUGAAGAGGCAGAUGCUCUUGUUCAACAACUAUUGAGAGAUAAAGAUCCAUUGUUGCGACGAGCUGGAUGUUAUACUAUCGCGACUGCUUAUUGUGGUACUGGAAAUAACGAUUCUAUUAGAACUCUACUGCAUGUUGCAGUUUCUGACGUCAAUGAUGAUGUACGUCGUGCGGCCGUGACCGCUCUCGGAUUUUUGUUGUUUAGAACUCCUGAACAAUGCCCAUCAGUUGUGUCACUGCUGGCUGAAUCAUACAACCCUCAUGUACGUUAUGGCGCUGCUAUGGCCUUGGGCAUUGCAUGCGCCGGUACUGGUAAUCGUGAAGCUAUUGGUCUUUUGGAGCCCAUGGUCAAAUUUGACCCCGUUAACUUUGUAAGGCAAGGAGCCUUGAUUGCAUCUGCAAUGAUACUUAUUCAACAAACUGAAACACUUUGCCCGAAAGUUACUUACUUCCGCCAACUGUACGCUCAAGUUAUCUCCAAUAAACAUGAAGAUGUCAUGGCUAAAUUCGGAGGCAUUUUAGCUCAAGGUAUUAUUGAUGCAGGUGGACGUAAUGUCACUGUAUCCCUUCAGAAUAGAACUGGGCAUAUGAAUAUGUUGGCUGUAGUAGGUAUGUUAGUUUUUACUCAGUACUGGUAUUGGUUCCCUCUGGCUCACUGCCUCUCACUAGCCUUUACCCCGACCUGUCUGAUUGCACUUAACUCUGAUUUGAAAAUGCCUCAACUUGAUUUCAAAUCUAAUGCAAAGCCAUCACUUUAUGCUUACCCUGCACCAUUGGAGGAGAAGAAGCGUGAAGAGAGGGAGAGGGUUACCACCGCCGUGCUGAGUAUUGCCGCUGCCAGAGCGCGCAGGAGGGCGCACGGCACUGAUAGCUCCAGCAGCAGCAGUGCCACAACCUCAACUACUUCGAAAAUGGAAGUUGAGGAGGAAGAAAAGAAACCAACAAAAUCACCCAACCCUAACAUAACUGUUCACGGUAAAUCUGACAAGGAUGCUGGAACAUCAAAGGAAAUUAAAAAGGAAGAAAAAGAAGGCGAUGAAAAAGAGGCUAAAGAAAAGAAGGAACCGGAGCCUAACUUUGAAAUAUUGAACAAUCCUGCGAGGGUUGUGAGGCAACAGCUUAAGGGCAUCACAGUUGUUGAAGGUUCCGGAUUCAUACCUUUGAAGGAUGUUACAAUUGGAGGUAUUGUGAUGUUAAACCAUUCCGGUGAUGUGGAGCAAGUUCUUGUCGAGCCAGUCGCCGCAUUUGGCCCGAAGACCGAAGAGGAGAAAGAACCCGAGCCACCGGAACCAUUUGAGUACUUGGAUGAUUGAUAUUGUCUCUUCACUUAAAGUUCUUCAUGUUACUAGCGUUAGGACUACAUGAAUCAUAAAUGUAUUGAACAAGUUUAUAUAACAACAUAGAAUAUUAUUGAAGUACAUACUAACUGGAAAUUAUUGAUGUGUUUUCUGUGAAAUAAAUGAUUAAAAUUAAA